AUGGGCCCGAAAUCCCCAGACGUUCACGGCCAAUUCAAGCCGCAACCAGGCGCGAUAUUCAGGAGUCCAUUUGGUCCGUUCCCGUCUAUCCUGGAAGACCUGAAUAUCCAUGACUUCUGCUUCCCACCCGAAAACCCGCUCCCGAAAGCCGACUAUGACCUCUUUAUCGACGCCUACACCGGCUCGAAGCUGACGCUGUACGAGUUCUACGAUAAGGUGUGCUCCCUCGCACGGGCGUUCCGAUAUGACGGGCCGAAUCCAAUGGGGUUCAGCAAGUCACCGGAGACCGAUAAGGAGCCUGGAGAGAUCAUGGGGAUCUUCUCGAGGAACAAUAUCUAUUAUCCAGUGAUCGUGCAUGCGUGCUUCCGGUCCGAGCUUGUCACUGGGGGGAUCAGUCCUGGAUCGACGCCGUACGAGCUGUUCCAUAUUCUGCGGCGAAUGCAGGCGACCUCCCUGCUGAUUCAUGAGAGUCAUUUGCCCGUGCUGAGAGAAGCAGUGAAGAUUGCGCAAAGUGAGGACGGUAAAAAUGGCGGGUCGAAACUCGUCCUGAACCCGAAGAAGAUCAUUGUCCUUUCGGAUAAUCCUACGGCGGACUUUGUUGAACAGUUCCCGACGGUCGGGCAUCUGAUUCGGAGCGGCGCGAAGAUGGCAGAACCGACGAGGAAGCGGAAGGGUGGGAAGAAGCUCUGCUUCUUGUUCCAGUCGUCAGGCACGUCGGGGCUUCCGAAGGCGAUGAUGAUCUCGCAUUGGAACGCAAUACAUACGGCCUUGCAAGGCAUGGUCGGCGCCACUCGAACCGCGGAAUUUCUCGGCGUCACCCCAACCCAUUCCACCCUACUCGGCGUCGUCCCCGCCUACCACUCCUACGGCAUGAUCCUCUGGAUCCUCCGCGUCAACCUCUACUCGGCCACCAACAUCAUGAUGCACCGAUGGGACCUCGAAACUGCGCUCCAAGCCAUCGAAAAAUACAAAAUCACCAUGCUCCCCCUUGUGCCCCCUCUCGUCCGCCAGAUCGCCCAGUCCCCCCUCACCGACAAAUACGACCUCUCCUCCGUCAUGACCUGCGUCUCCGGCGCCGCUUACCUCCCCCCGGACGUCUCCCACGCCCUCGGCCAGAAACUCCCCCAGAAGGCCCCCAUCCCGUCGGGGUACGGCCUAUCGGAAGCCGCGUCCAUCGCCUCGCCUCCUGCCCCUGGGAUCUUCGGCCUGCCUGCUGCCGACCCCACUACGAUCGGGUACCUGCUCCCAGGCGUCGAGGGCCGCAUCGUCGACCCGGACACUCUGAAAGACGUGCCGCGGGGCCAGAAGGGCGAGUUGUGGGCCCGCGCACAUGUGGUGACGCCGGGAUACUUCCAGGACGCGAAGGCGACGGCGGAGCUAUUCACCGAGCCGGGGUGGCUACGGACGGGGGACUUGGUGUAUCGUGAUGAGUGGGAUCGGAUCCACUAUAUGGACCGGUUGAAGGAGAUGAUCAAGGUGAAGGGGCUGCAGGUGGCGGCGACGGAGGUGGAGGAUACGUUGUUGGAUCAUCCGGAGAAGUUGAUUCGGGAUGCAUGUGUGGCGGGGGUGGAUAAUGGGAGGGGGGAUGGGAGCCUGUUUCCGAGGGCGUGGGUGGUGGUGACUGAGGAGGGGACGAGACAGGGGGAGGAAGCUGUCUUGCGAAAGUUGCAUGAGUGGGUCAAUGGGAAGUUGAGCAGACAUAAACACCUGGAUGGGGGCAUUGAGAUCGUGGAUUUGAUACCGCGAACCCCGUCUGGAAAGACGUUGAGGAGGCAGAUGAGAGACCAGUAUCACGAGCGACUCAGGGCCCAGCAAAAGGCAGCGAAAUUAUAA